AUGUCGAGCCUGGAUUACCUGGCCGCCGAGUGCCUCGUGUUCAUCUCCAGCGGGGCCGUCAUCCACCCGGACUCCUCCGCCCGCCCCGGCGCCGCGGAGGACCGCGAAGGGCUGUCCGACAGCAAGAGCGCCUCCUCACGGGCCGCCGCGGACGACCCGGGAAGCAGCUUCCCGCUGCUGCCGAAGGCGGCGGAGCCUCCCCGAAGAGCCCCGAGCGACGCCGGCACCGUGAGACGCGCCGCCGCCGCCGCCUCGGCCAAGAAGCACCAGUGCCCGUUCCAAGGCUGCGUCAAGGUCUACGGAAAGUCCUCGCACCUGAAGGCGCAUCUGCGGGCGCACACGGGCGAGCGCCCGUUCCCAUGCACCUGGCCCAACUGCGAGAAGAGGUUCGCCCGCUCCGACGAGCUGGCCCGCCACUACCGCACCCACACCGGCGAGAAGCACUUCGCCUGCCCGCUGUGUGAGAAACGCUUCAUGCGCAGCGACCACUUGACCAAGCAUGCCCGGCGGCACCCCGCCUUCCGGCCUGGCAUGGUCCGGUGGCCAAAGCGCCACAGUGCCUCCCCCAGUGACUGUCCCACCAGUACCUAGGCUGGCCGCCCCGUCCUGGGCAGCUGCACUCUUGAUGGCCCAACGCCUCAGACGUCCGGCGAUGUUGCCACGAAAGGAGCAGGGCAGAAGGCCUAGUGGCUACAGGGCUCCAAGCUGGGUGGCCUGACCCAGAGAAGAUUCUCAGGGGCUGCUCCAAAGCAUCUUCUGGACUGCCUUGCUCAAGAAUUACACCUCCUUCUCACGGCUGGGUGGGGGGACAUUGGGAUUAAAAUACUGGCCCCUGCUCUUUCCAGCUUUCGGGACCACCCUGUACUGAGCUGUGCCGGGCCCUCCACCCCAAGCGGGAGCUCCAUCGCUCAAUAAGCUGGGGAUGGAAAAGCUCACGGCCAGGACCCAGUCCGACCCUCUGGGUGUCCCAGGCUGGACCUGCAGGUACUGGCUGGCUUUCCUAUUUGCCUUGAUCCUUCUUUCCUUUGAGAAGUCAAAUGCCUUUGCGGAGGCUCCGUUUGGGGUAGGAAAUGCAUUAAAUGUGGUCGUUUGGACCCUGCCCCGUUGGCCAUCAGGCACCCCUGCCCUGUGGCGGGAGUCCCCGGAGAGUUUCGCUCAGCAGUUCCUGCAGCCUUGCUUAAAGCCGUGUGAUGUGUUUUCCAAGUGAGCUUGUGCCUCUACUUCUGUACCUUCUGGGUUGCUUUCCCAGAUGGUCCCUCCUGGCCCGUCGUGACACAAAGGGGCUUUCUCCCAGUGUCUGUGACAGGUAUCCUAGAGGAAGACAUCCUCUUGGGGGAAUUUUCACUCUGUUCUUUCCUUUCACUUUCGAUCUAUUGUAACUUGUAGAUGGAAGCUUUUCCUUAGUGCCUGCCAUCCUCGGUUCUCAGGAAACGAGAAAGCAUCCAAGGCGUUUGUGGGCCACCCGGUCCCUCUUGCAGAGGACUACCCCAUGUUAUUUGUGCAGCAAGAGGUAUUCCGCUCCUGGCUAUGGAGGAUCCAUUUCUGGCUGCCACAGCUCACAGUAACCCUGGCCUUGGGGGGUUCAAAACCUUAGUCCUGAUCCUUUGCCAUUCCUCCCCACCAACCUCUGAGCCAAGGUAGCCAACCCUACCUUUUCUGCAGUUUCUCUCAUUCUGCAAGGUAGAAAUGCUUUCCCUAAAUCUUUUUGACUGGUAGGAACAACUUUAUACACAAACAGACUGUUGGUUUUAAUCCCAUCCAUCUUCCCUUUUCCCUCCGGUCCUGUCCACCUCCCCAAACUUUUCCAAAACAGAAUUUGACUCUUGGGCUCAAUGUGAUUCAAAACUCCUGCUUUUUUCUUUUUUAAAAAAAUGCAAGCCAAGUGCCCUGCUAUCCAUUCUUGAAUCCUUUGAUGGUGAUAUUGAUCUGCAAGAUACUCAGAUUUUAUGAGGAGAAAGAAUGGACGAUGUUCUGGACUGCUUCUUGAAUGCAACAUCUUUUCCGUGAAGACGCGUCCAAACCUUGUCUCCUGUGCGUCCACCCCACUGACUGAGCCGGUUGUUUUUCUCCAAAAUAUUUUCCAAGCAAAAGUUGGGGAGUUGAGCAACAGAAAGAGAUGGAUCUGGGUGUGCAGGGAUGCUCCGUGGCUUAUACGUCAAGAGGGGGUGUGAUACUGUUGCCUUCCCCACCAGGUUGGGGAUGUAGUCCAACACCCCUGAUUGGUGAAGGCUGCCAGAGGUUUUUCCUCCAGGUCAAACUUUUAUUUUAUAGAAAGGUUACGGGUGUGUUUGAGCCUUCUUUUGAAAAAAUAUUUAUUUUUUGAACAUGGAAUCAGGCUAGAAGUAGGGAAAUGGUGGGGAGAGAGCAAUAGAUGACUAUUGUCCUUUUCGUCUUGGUGCUUUGGAGAGGGCACGGCUGAGUGUCCAAGUGGAACAAAUUUUAAGUGCAAUUUAGUACAGCUGAAAGCACUUUUGCCUUGCUGUUAUUAUUAGGGACCUUGGAACUUGCUAUGGAUAAGUUUAUACCGAGUGCAUAUCAAGUAUAUGACUGGGAUGAGAAAUUGACUCACAGGUUCUUUUCAAACCACAGAGCGCUUUGUGGAGUGGUUGACCCUAAGGGCUCCCUCUUGGCUUCUGCACACAGAAAUGUAAGCCCAUCUGUUGGCUCUGGGAUGCUACUUCUGCCUUACUUUUUUCUCCUCAGAAGGGGAUCCUACUCUCUCCAGUUGUGACCCCGCAGGUACAGGCUAGAGCAGUGGUGGCGAACCUACAGCACGUGGGCCGCAGCGGCACGUGAGCCCAGUCGCCCCGGCAUCGCCCCAGCAACCGAGCAUCGGAUAACAGUGCACGCAGGGGCCGUGCGCAUGCUCGGAAAGGAGUAAUGGUGCCAGGCGAUGAUGUCACGAGCCGUGACUCAUUAGCCGUGACUCAUCCGAGCUUUCGCAUGG